AUGAAAAUCGCAGCUAUUCUUACGGCCAUGGGCUAUCUGGCCACGACAGUGGUAGCACAAACAGUUUAUACCGAGGAACUGGGAAUCGCUUAUCCAGAUGGUGGUUUUCUUGUGGAUGACCUAACUGACGAGAGGAGUGAUUGCACUGCAUUCGUCUUCUGUGUACGUACCACCUUUCCUAUCCCCAACUUGAUUUUAAUAUUCUACUUCUUUAAACAUUACUCUACGACUCAUCCCAGAAUAUGAGAAUACAGAUACUAAUUCAGAAUAUCCCUAUAGGGUCGUAGAAGGCAAUCUCCAUCAGGUGGUGCGUUCGUAAUAGGACGCAACCUCUGUGACCCAUUUUAUAAAAAGUCAGAUGAUCCGGAGGCAAACGUAAAUGAAGUGGAUCGUGUAGACUGUACGGCUCGGGUUGGAGGUGAAACGGGUGUAAGUGAUUAUGAUAACCUCUUGUUCGUGUCUACUUUACUAAUAGAAUCAUAAAUUAGUUUGUCCAAUGCUGUAGAUAGCGUAG